UACACCUACACCCUAGAUCCUCUAUCAGUUCCAGCUGUUUACACAACCGAAGUAGUAUCAGGAUCAUCUACUGCUACAGAAGUCGUAUCCUUCUACAGUACCACCAAUUCCGCUGGUGACGAAGUUGUGGUUUCUACCACCUACACCCUAGGUCCUCUAUCAGUUCCAGCUGUUUACACAACCGAAGUAGUAUCAGGAUCAUCUACUGCUACAGAAGUCGUAUCCUUCUACAGCACCACCAAUUCCGCUGGUGACGAAGUUGUGGCUUCUACCACCUACACCCUAGGUCCUCUAUCAGUUCCAGCUGUUUACACAACCGAAGUAGUAUCAGGAUCAUCUACUGCUACAGAAGUCGUUUCCUUCUACAGCACCACCAAUUCCGCUGGUGACGAAGUUCUGGUUUCUACCACCUACACCCUAGAUCCUCUAUCAGUUCCAGCUGUUUACACAACCGAAGUAGUAUCAGGAUCAUCUACUGCUACAGAAGUCGUUUCCUUCUACAGCACCACCAAUUCCGCUGGUGACGAAGUUCUGGUUUCUACCACCUACACCCUAGGUCCUCUAUCAGUUCCAGCUGUUUACACAACCGAAGUAGUAUCAGGAUCAUCUACUGCUACAGAAGUCGUUUCCUUCUACAGCACCACCAAUUCCGCUGGUGACGAAGUUCUGGUUUCUACCACCUACACCCUAGAUCCUCUAUCAGUUCCAGCUGUUUACACAACCGAAGUAGUAUCAGGAUCAUCUACUGCUACAGAAGUCGUUUCCUUCUACAGCACCACCAAUUCCGCUGGUGACGAAGUUGUGGCUUCUACCACCUACACCCUAGGUCCUCUAUCAGUUCCAGCUGUUUACACAACCGAAGUAGUAUCAGGAUCAUCUACUGCUACAGAAGUCGUUUCCUUCUACAGCACCACCAAUUCCGCUGGUGACGAAGUUGUGGCUUCUACCACCUACACCCUAGGUCCUCUAUCAGUUCCAGCUGUUUACACAACCGAAGUAGUAUCAGGAUCAUCUACCGUUACCGAAGUCGUUUCCUUCUACAGCACCACCAAUUCCGCUGGUGACGAAGUUCUGGUUUCUACCACCUACACCCUAGAUCCUCUAUCAGUUCCAGCUGUUUACACAACCGAAGUAGUAUCAGGAUCAUCUACUGCUACAGAAGUCGUAUCCUUCUACAGUACCACCAAUUCCGCUGGUGACGAAGUUGUGGUUUCUACCACCUACACCCUAGGUCCUCUAUUAGUUCCAGCUGUUUACACAACCGAAGUAGUAUCAGGAUCAUCUACUGCUACAGAAGUGGUAUCCUUCUACAGCACCACCAAUUCCGCUGGUGACGAAGUUGUGGCUUCUACCACCUACACCCUAGGUCCUCUAUCAGUUCCAGCUGUUUACACAACCGAAGUAGUAUCAGGAUCAUCUACUGCUACAGAAGUCGUUUCCUUCUACAGCACCACCAAUUCCGCUGGUGACGAAGUUGUGGCUUCUACCACUUACACCCUAGGUCCUCUAUCAGUUCCAGCUGUUUACACAACCGAAGUAGUAUCAGGAUCAUCUACUGCUACAGAAGUCGUUUCCUUCUACAGCACCACCAAUUCCGCUGGUGACGAAGUUCUGGCUUCUACCACCUACACCCUAGGUCCUCUAUCAGUUCCAGCUGUUUACACAACCGAAGUAGUAUCAGGAUCAUCUACUGCUACAGAAGUCGUAUCCUUCUACAGCACCACCAAUUCCGCUGGUGACGAAGUUGUGGCUUCUACCACCUACACCCUAGGUCCUCUAUCAGUUCCAGCUGUUUACACAACCGAAGUAGUAUCAGGAUCAUCUACUGCUACAGAAGUCGUUUCCUUCUACAGCACCACCAAUUCCGCUGGUGACGAAGUUGUGGCUUCUACCACCUACACCCUAGGUCCUCUAUCAGUUCCAGCUGUUUACACAACCGAAGUAGUAUCAGGAUCAUCUACCGUUACCGAAGUCGUUUCCUUCUACAGCACCACCAAUUCCGCUGGUGACGAAGUUCUGGUUUCUACCACCUACACCCUAGAUCCUCUAUCAGUUCCAGCUGUUUACACAACCGAAGUAGUAUCAGGAUCAUCUACCGUUACCGAAGUCGUUUCCUUCUACAGCACCACCAAUUCCGCUGGUGACGAAGUUCUGGUUUCUACCACCUACACCCUAGAUCCUCUAUCAGUUCCAGCUGUUUACACAACCGAAGUAGUAUCAGGAUCAUCUACUGCUACAGAAGUCGUAUCCUUCUACAGUACCACCAAUUCCGCUGGUGACGAAGUUGUGGUUUCUACCACCUACACCCUAGGUCCUCUAUCAGUUCCAGCUGUUUACACAACCGAAGUAGUAUCAGGAUCAUCUACUGCUACAGAAGUCGUAUCCUUCUACAGCACCACCAAUUCCGCUGGUGACGAAGUUGUGGCUUCUACCACCUACACCCUAGGUCCUCUAUCAGUUCCAGCUGUUUACACAACCGAAGUAGUAUCAGGAUCAUCUACUGCUACAGAAGUCGUUUCCUUCUACAGCACCACCAAUUCCGCUGGUGACGAAGUUCUGGUUUCUACCACCUACACCCUAGAUCCUCUAUCAGUUCCAGCUGUUUACACAACCGAAGUAGUAUCAGGAUCAUCUACUGCUACAGAAGUCGUUUCCUUCUACAGCACCACCAAUUCCGCUGGUGACGAAGUUCUGGUUUCUACCACCUACACCCUAGGUCCUCUAUCAGUUCCAGCUGUUUACACAACCGAAGUAGUAUCAGGAUCAUCUACUGCUACAGAAGUCGUUUCCUUCUACAGCACCACCAAUUCCGCUGGUGACGAAGUUGUGGCUUCUACCACCUACACCCUAGGUCCUCUAUCAGUUCCAGCUGUUUACACAACCGAAGUAGUAUCAGGAUCAUCUACUGCUACAGAAGUCGUUUCCUUCUACAGCACCACCAAUUCCGCUGGUGACGAAGUUGUGGCUUCUACCACCUACACCCUAGGUCCUCUAUCAGUUCCAGCUGUUUACACAACCGAAGUAGUAUCAGGAUCAUCUACCGUUACCGAAGUCGUUUCCUUCUACAGCACCACCAAUUCCGCUGGUGACGAAGUUCUGGUUUCUACCACCUACACCCUAGAUCCUCUAUCAGUUCCAGCUGUUUACACAACCGAAGUAGUAUCAGGAUCAUCUACUGCUACAGAAGUCGUAUCCUUCUACAGUACCACCAAUUCCGCUGGUGACGAAGUUGUGGUUUCUACCACCUACACCCUAGGUCCUCUAUUAGUUCCAGCUGUUUACACAACCGAAGUAGUAUCAGGAUCAUCUACUGCUACAGAAGUGGUAUCCUUCUACAGCACCACCAAUUCCGCUGGUGACGAAGUUCUGGUUUCUACCACCUACACCCUAGGUCCUCUAUCAGCUCCAGCUGCUUACACAACCGAAGUAGUAUCAGGAUCAUCUACUGCUACCGAAGUCGUAUCCUUCUACAGCACCACCAAUUCCGCUGGUGACGAAGUUGUGGCUUCUACCACCUACACCCUAGGUCCUCUAUCAGUUCCAGCUGCUUACACAAGCGAAGUAGUAUCAGGAUCAUCUACUGCUACAGAAGUCGUAUCCUUCUACAGCACCACCAAUUCCGCUGGUGACGAAGUUGUGGCUUCUACCACCUACACCCUAGGUCCUCUAUCAGUUCCAGCUGUUUACACAACCGAAGUAGUAUCAGGAUCAUCUACUGCUACAGAAGUCGUUUCCUUCUACAGCACCACCAAUUCCGCUGGUGACGAAGUUGUGGCUUCUACCACCUACACCCUAGGUCCUCUAUCAGUUCCAGCUGUUUACACAACCGAAGUAGUAUCAGGAUCAUCUACUGCUACAGAAGUCGUUUCCUUCUACAGCACCACCAAUUCCGCUGGUGACGAAGUUCUGGUUUCUACCACCUACACCCUAGAUCCUCUAUCAGUUCCAGCUGUUUACACAACCGAAGUAGUAUCAGGAUCAUCUACUGCUACAGAAGUCGUUUCCUUCUACAGCACCACCAAUUCCGCUGGUGACGAAGUUCUGGUUUCUACCACCUACACCCUAGGUCCUCUAUCAGUUCCAGCUGUUUACACAACCGAAGUAGUAUCAGGAUCAUCUACUGCUACAGAAGUCGUUUCCUUCUACAGCACCACCAAUUCCGCUGGUGACGAAGUUCUGGUUUCUACCACCUACACCCUAGAUCCUCUAUCAGUUCCAGCUGUUUACACAACCGAAGUAGUAUCAGGAUCAUCUACUGCUACAGAAGUCGUUUCCUUCUACAGCACCACCAAUUCCGCUGGUGACGAAGUUGUGGCUUCUACCACCUACACCCUAGGUCCUCUAUCAGUUCCAGCUGUUUACACAACCGAAGUAGUAUCAGGAUCAUCUACUGCUACAGAAGUCGUUUCCUUCUACAGCACCACCAAUUCCGCUGGUGACGAAGUUGUGGCUUCUACCACCUACACCCUAGGUCCUCUAUCAGUUCCAGCUGUUUACACAACCGAAGUAGUAUCAGGAUCAUCUACCGUUACCGAAGUCGUUUCCUUCUACAGCACCACCAAUUCCGCUGGUGACGAAGUUCUGGUUUCUACCACCUACACCCUAGAUCCUCUAUCAGUUCCAGCUGUUUACACAACCGAAGUAGUAUCAGGAUCAUCUACUGCUACAGAAGUCGUAUCCUUCUACAGUACCACCAAUUCCGCUGGUGACGAAGUUGUGGUUUCUACCACCUACACCCUAGGUCCUCUAUUAGUUCCAGCUGUUUACACAACCGAAGUAGUAUCAGGAUCAUCUACUGCUACAGAAGUGGUAUCCUUCUACAGCACCACCAAUUCCGCUGGUGACGAAGUUGUGGCUUCUACCACCUACACCCUAGGUCCUCUAUCAGUUCCAGCUGUUUACACAACCGAAGUAGUAUCAGGAUCAUCUACUGCUACAGAAGUCGUUUCCUUCUACAGCACCACCAAUUCCGCUGGUGACGAAGUUGUGGCUUCUACCACUUACACCCUAGGUCCUCUAUCAGUUCCAGCUGUUUACACAACCGAAGUAGUAUCAGGAUCAUCUACUGCUACAGAAGUCGUUUCCUUCUACAGCACCACCAAUUCCGCUGGUGACGAAGUUCUGGCUUCUACCACCUACACCCUAGGUCCUCUAUCAGUUCCAGCUGUUUACACAACCGAAGUAGUAUCAGGAUCAUCUACUGCUACAGAAGUCGUAUCCUUCUACAGCACCACCAAUUCCGCUGGUGACGAAGUUGUGGCUUCUACCACCUACACCCUAGGUCCUCUAUCAGUUCCAGCUGUUUACACAACCGAAGUAGUAUCAGGAUCAUCUACUGCUACAGAAGUCGUUUCCUUCUACAGCACCACCAAUUCCGCUGGUGACGAAGUUCUGGUUUCUACCACCUACACCCUAGAUCCUCUAUCAGUUCCAGCUGUUUACACAACCGAAGUAGUAUCAGGAUCAUCUACUGCUACAGAAGUCGUUUCCUUCUACAGCACCACCAAUUCCGCUGGUGACGAAGUUCUGGUUUCUACCACCUACACCCUAGGUCCUCUAUCAGUUCCAGCUGUUUACACAACCGAAGUAGUAUCAGGAUCAUCUACUGCUACAGAAGUCGUUUCCUUCUACAGCACCACCAAUUCCGCUGGUGACGAAGUUCUGGUUUCUACCACCUACACCCUAGAUCCUCUAUCAGUUCCAGCUGUUUACACAACCGAAGUAGUAUCAGGAUCAUCUACUGCUACAGAAGUCGUUUCCUUCUACAGCACCACCAAUUCCGCUGGUGACGAAGUUCUGGUUUCUACCACCUACACCCUAGAUCCUCUAUCAGUUCCAGCUGCUUACACAAGUGAAGUAGUAUCAGGAUCAUCUACUGCUACAGAAGUCGUAUCCUUCUACAGCACCACCAAUUCCGCUGGUGACGAAGUUGUGGCUUCUACCACCUACACCCUAGGUCCUCUAUCAGUUCCAGCUGUUUACACAACCGAAGUAGUAUCAGGAUCAUCUACUGCUACAGAAGUCGUUUCCUUCUACAGCACCACCAAUUCCGCUGGUGACGAAGUUGUGGCUUCUACCACCUACACCCUAGGUCCUCUAUCAGUUCCAGCUGUUUACACAACCGAAGUAGUAUCAGGAUCAUCUACUGCUACAGAAGUCGUAUCCUUCUACAGCACCACCAAUUCCGCUGGUGACGAAGUUGUGGCUUCUACCACCUACACCCUAGGUCCUCUAUCAGUUCCAGCUGUUUACACAACCGAAGUAGUAUCAGGAUCAUCUACUGCUACAGAAGUCGUUUCCUUCUACAGCACCACCAAUUCCGCUGGUGACGAAGUUGUGGCUUCUACCACCUACACCCUAGGUCCUCUAUCAGUUCCAGCUGUUUACACAACCGAAGUAGUAUCAGGAUCAUCUACCGUUACCGAAGUCGUUUCCUUCUACAGCACCACCAAUUCCGCUGGUGACGAAGUUCUGGUUUCUACCACCUACACCCUAGAUCCUCUAUCAGUUCCAGCUGUUUACACAACCGAAGUAGUAUCAGGAUCAUCUACUGCUACAGAAGUCGUAUCCUUCUACAGCACCACCAAUUCCGCUGGUGACGAAGUUCUGGUUUCUACCACCUACACCCUAGGUCCUCUAUCAGUUCCAGCUGCUUCCACAACCGAAAUAGUAUCAGGAUCAUCUACUGUUACUGAAGUGAUCUCCUUCUACAGCACCACCAAUUCCGCUGGUGACGAAGUUCUGGUUUCUACCACCUACACCCUAGGACCGCUAUCAGUUCCAGCUGCUUCCACAACCGAAGUAGUAUCAGGAUCAUCUACUGCUACCGAAGUGAUCUCCUUCUACAGCACCACCAAUUCCGCUGGUGACGAAGUUGUGGUUUCUACCACCUACACCCUAGGUUCUCUAUCUGUUCCAGCUGUUUACACAACCGAAGUAGUAUCAGGAUCAUCUACUGCUACCGAAGUGAUCUCCUUCUACAGCGCCACCAAUUCCGCUGGUGACGAAGUUCUGGCUUCUACCACCUACACCCUAGGACCUCUAUCUGAUCCAGCUGCUUCCACAACCGAAAUAGUAUCAGGAUCAUUUACUGUUACUGAAGUGAUCUCCUUCUACAGCACCACCAAUUCCGCCGGUGACGAAGUGGUGGCUUCUACCACCUACACCCUAGGACCGCUAUCAGUUCCAGCUGCUUCCACAACCGAAGUAGUAUCAGGAUCAUCUACUGCUACCGAAGUCGUAUCAUUCUACAGCACCACCAAUUCCGCUGGUGACGAAGUUCUGGUUUCUACCACCUACACCCUAGGACCUCUAUCUGAUCCAGCUGCUUCCACAACCGAAAUAGUAUCAGGAUCAUCUACUGUUACUGAAGUGAUCUCCUUCUACAGCACCACCAAUUCCGCUGGUGACGAAGUUCUGGUUCCUACCACCUACACCCUAGGACCGCUAUCAGUUCCAGCUGUUUACACAACCGAAGUAGUAUCAGGAUCAUCUACUGCUACAGAAGUCGUAUCCUUCUACAGCACCACCAAUUCCGCUGGUGACGAAGUUGUGGCUUCUACCACCUACACCCUAGGUCCUCUAUCAGUUCCAGCUGUUUACACAACCGAAGUAGUAUCAGGAUCAUCUACCGUUACCGAAGUCGUUUCCUUCUACAGCACCACCAAUUCCGCUGGUGACGAAGUUGUGGCUUCUACCACCUACACCCUAGGUCCUCUAUCAGUUCCAGCUGUUUACACAACCGAAGUAGUAUCAGGAUCAUCUACUGCUACAGAAGUCGUAUCCUUCUACAGCACCACCAAUUCCGCUGGUGACGAAGUUCUGACUUCUACCACCUACACCCUAGGUCCUCUAUCAGUUCCAGCUGUUUACACAACCGAAGUAGUAUCAGGAUCAUCUACUGCUACAGAAGUCGUAUCCUUCUACAGCACCACCAAUUCCGCUGGUGACGAAGUUGUGGCUUCUACCACCUACACCCUAGGUCCUCUAUCAGUUCCAGCUGUUUACACAACCGAAGUAGUAUCAGGAUCAUCUACUGCUACAGAAGUCGUUUCCUUCUACAGCACCACCAAUUCCGCUGGUGACGAAGUUGUGGCUUCUACCACCUACACCCUAGGUCCUCUAUCAGUUCCAGCUGUUUACACAACCGAAGUAGUAUCAGGAUCAUCUACUGCUACAGAAGUCGUAUCCUUCUACAGCACCACCAAUUCCGCUGGUGACGAAGUUGUGGCUUCUACCACCUACACCCUAGGUCCUCUAUCAGUUCCAGCUGUUUACACAACCGAAGUAGUAUCAGGAUCAUCUACUGCUACAGAAGUCGUUUCCUUCUACAGCACCACCAAUUCCGCUGGUGACGAAGUUGUGGCUUCUACCACCUACACCCUAGGUCCUCUAUCAGUUCCAGCUGUUUACACAACCGAAGUAGUAUCAGGAUCAUCUACUGCUACCGAAGUCGUAUCCUUCUACAGCACCACCAAUUCCGCUGGUGACGAAGUUGUGGCUUCUACCACCUACACCCUAGGUCCUCUAUCAGUUCCAGCUGUUUACACAACCGAAGUAGUAUCAGGAUCAUCUACUGCUACAGAAGUCGUUUCCUUCUACAGCACCACCAAUUCCGCUGGUGACGAAGUUGUGACUUCUACCACCUACACCCUAGGUCCUCUAUCAGUUCCAGCUGCUUACACAAGUGAAGUAGUAUCAGGAUCAUCUACCGUUACCGAAGUCGUUUCCUUCUACAGCACCACCAAUUCCGCUGGUGACGAAGUUCUGGUUUCUACCACCUACACCCUAGAUCCUCUAUCAGUUCCAGCUGUUUACACAACCGAAGUAGUAUCAGGAUCAUCUACCGUUACCGAAGUCGUUUCCUUCUACAGCACCACCAAUUCCGCUGGUGACGAAGUUGUGGCUUCUACCACCUACACCCUAGGUCCUCUAUCAGUUCCAGCUGUUUACACAACCGAAGUAGUAUCAGGAUCAUCUACUGCUACAGAAGUCGUAUCCUUCUACAGCACCACCAAUUCCGCUGGUGACGAAGUUGUGGCUUCUACCACCUACACCCUAGGUCCUCUAUCAGUUCCAGCUGUUUACACAACCGAAGUAGUAUCAGGAUCAUCUACUGCUACAGAAGUCGUAUCCUUCUACAGCACCACCAAUUCCGCUGGUGACGAAGUUGUGGCUUCUACCACCUACACCCUAGGUCCUCUAUCAGUUCCAGCUGUUUACACAACCGAAGUAGUAUCAGGAUCAUCUACUGCUACAGAAGUCGUUUCCUUCUACAGCACCACCAAUUCCGCUGGUGACGAAGUUCUGGUUUCUACCACCUACACCCUAGAUCCUCUAUCAGUUCCAGCUGUUUACACAACCGAAGUAGUAUCAGGAUCAUCUACUGCUACAGAAGUCGUUUCCUUCUACAGCACCACCAAUUCCGCUGGUGACGAAGUUCUGGUUUCUACCACCUACACCCUAGGUCCUCUAUCAGUUCCAGCUGUUUACACAACCGAAGUAGUAUCAGGAUCAUCUACCGUUACCGAAGUCGUUUCCUUCUACAGCACCACCAAUUCCGCUGGUGACGAAGUUCUGGUUUCUACCACCUACACCCUAGAUCCUCUAUCAGUUCCAGCUGUUUACACAACCGAAGUAGUAUCAGGAUCAUCUACUGCUACAGAAGUCGUUUCCUUCUACAGCACCACCAAUUCCGCUGGUGACGAAGUUGUGGCUUCUACCACUUACACCCUAGGUCCUCUAUCAGUUCCAGCUGUUUACACAACCGAAGUAGUAUCAGGAUCAUCUACUGCUACAGAAGUCGUUUCCUUCUACAGCACCACCAAUUCCGCUGGUGACGAAGUUGUGGCUUCUACCACCUACACCCUAGGUCCUCUAUCAGUUCCAGCUGUUUACACAACCGAAGUAGUAUCAGGAUCAUCUACUGCUACAGAAGUCGUAUCCUUCUACAGCACCACCAAUUCCGCUGGUGACGAAGUUGUGGCUUCUACCACCUACACCCUAGGUCCUCUAUCAGUUCCAGCUGUUUACACAACCGAAGUAGUAUCAGGAUCAUCUACCGUUACCGAAGUCGUUUCCUUCUACAGCACCACCAAUUCCGCUGGUGACGAAGUUCUGGUUUCUACCACCUACACCCUAGAUCCUCUAUCAGUUCCAGCUGUUUACACAACCGAAGUAGUAUCAGGAUCAUCUACUGCUACAGAAGUCGUAUCCUUCUACAGCACCACCAAUUCCGCUGGUGACGAAGUUCUGGUUUCUACCACCUACACCCUAGGUCCUCUAUCAGUUCCAGCUGCUUACACAACCGAAGUAGUAUCAGGAUCAUCUACUGCUACCGAAGUCGUAUCCUUCUACAGCACCACCAAUUCCGCUGGUGACGAAGUUGUGGCUUCUACCACCUACACCCUAGGUCCUCUAUCAGUUCCAGCUGUUUACACAAGCGAAGUAGUAUCAGGAUCAUCUACUGCUACAGAAGUCGUAUCCUUCUACAGCACCACCAAUUCCGCUGGUGACGAAGUUGUGGCUUCUACCACCUACACCCUAGGUCCUCUAUCAGUUCCAGCUGUUUACACAACCGAAGUAGUAUCAGGAUCAUCUACUGCUACCGAAGUAGUAUCCUUCUACAGCACCACCAAUUCCGCUGGUGACGAAGUUCUGGUUUCUACCACUUACACCUUACUACCGCUAUCAGUUCCAGCUGCUUCCACAACCGAAGUAGUAUCAGGAUCAUCUACUGCUACUGAAGUCGUAUACUUCUACAGCACCACCAAUUCCGCUGGUGACGAAGUUCUGGUUUCUACCACCUACACCCUAGGUCCUCUAUCAGUUCCAGCUGCUUCCACAACCGAAGUAGUAUCAGGAUCAUCUACUGUUACUGAAGUGAUCUCCUUCUACAGCACCACCAAUUCCGCUGGUGACGAAGUUCUGGUUUCUACCACCUACACCCUAGGUCCCCUAUCUGUUCCAGCUGUUUACACAACCGAAGUAGUAUCAGGAUCAUCUACUGCUACCGAAGUCGUAUCCUUCUACAGCACCACCAAUUCCGCUGGUGACGAAGUGGUGGCUUCUACCACCUACACCCUAGGUUCUCUAUCUGUUCCAGCUGUUUACACAACCGAAGUAGUAUCAGGAUCAUCUACUGCUACCGAAGUGAUCUCCUUCUACAGCGCCACCAAUUCCGCUGGUGACGAAGUUCUGGCUUCUACCACCUACACCCUAGGACCUCUAUCUGAUCCAGCUGCUUCCACAACCGAAAUAGUAUCAGGAUCAUUUACUGUUACUGAAGUGAUCUCCUUCUACAGCACCACCAAUUCCGCCGGUGACGAAGUGGUGGCUUCUACCACCUACACCCUAGGACCGCUAUCAGUUCCAGCUGCUUCCACAACCGAAGUAGUAUCAGGAUCAUCUACUGCUACCGAAGUCGUAUCAUUCUACAGCACCACCAAUUCCGCUGGUGACGAAGUUCUGGUUUCUACCACCUACACCCUAGGACCUCUAUCUGAUCCAGCUGCUUCCACAACCGAAAUAGUAUCAGGAUCAUCUACUGUUACUGAAGUGAUCUCCUUCUACAGCACCACCAAUUCCGCUGGUGACGAAGUUCUGGUUCCUACCACCUACACCCUAGGACCGCUAUCAGUUCCAGCUGCUUCCACAACCGAAGUAGUAUCAGGAUCAUCUACUGCUACCGAAGUCGUAUCCUUCUACAGCACCACCAAUCCCGCUGGUGACGAAGUUCUGGUUUCUACCACUUACACCCUAGGUCCUCUAUCUGUUCCAGUUGCUUCCACAACCGAAGUAGUAUCAGGAUCAUCUAUUGUUACUGAAGUCGUAUCCUUCUACAGCACCACCAAUUCCGCUGGUGACGAAGUUCUGGUUUCUACCACCUACACCCCAGUACCUCUAUCAGUUCCAGCUGUUUACACAACCGAAGUAGUAUCAGGAUCAUCUACUGCUACCGAAGUAGUAUCCUUCUACAGCACCACCAAUUCCGCUGGUGACGAAGUUCUGGUUUCUACCACUUACACCUUACUACCGCUAUCAGUUCCAGCUGCUUCCACAACCGAAGUAGUAUCAGGAUCAUCUACUGCUACUGAAGUCGUAUACUUCUACAGCACCACCAAUUCCGCUGGUGACGAAGUUCUGGUUUCUACCACCUACACCCUAGGUCCUCUAUCUGUUCCAGUUGCUUCCACAACCGAAGUAGUAUCAGGAUCAUCUACUGCUACCGAAGUGAUUUCCUUCUACAGCACCACCAAUUCCGCUGGUGACGAAGUUCUGGUUUCUACCACCUACACCCUAGGACCGCUAUCAGUUCCAGCUGCUUCCACAACCGAAGUAGUAUCAGGAUCAUCUACUGUUACUGAAGUGAUCUCCUUCUACAGCACCACUAAUCCCGCUGGUGACGAAGUUCUGGUUUCUAUCACCUACACCCCAGGACCUCUAUCAGUUCCAGCUGCUUCCACAACCGAAGUAGUAUCAGGAUCAUCUAUUGUUACUGAAGUCGUAUCCUUCUACAGCACCACCAAUUCCGCUGGUGACGAAGUUGUGGUUUCUAUCACCUACACCCUAGGUCCUCUAUCAGUUCCAGCUGCUUCCACAACCGAAGUAGUAUCAGGAUCAUCUACUGUUACUGAAGUGAUCUCCUUCUACAGCACCACCAAUUCCGCUGGUGACGAAGUUCUGGUUUCUACCACCUACACCCUAGGUCCCCUAUCUGUUCCAGCUGUUUACACAACCGAAGUAGUAUCAGGAUCAUCUACUGCUACCGAAGUCGUAUCCUUCUACAGCACCACCAAUUCCGCUGGUGACGAAGUGGUGGCUUCUACCACCUACACCCUAGGUCCUCUAUCAGUUCCAGCUGCUUCCACAACCGAAGUAGUAUCAGGAUCAUCUACUGUUACCGAAGUCGUAUCCUUCUACAGCACCACCAAUUCCGCUGGUGACGAAGUUCUGGUUUCUACCACCUACACCCUAGGUCCUCUAUCAGUUCCAGCUGCUUCCACAAGCGAAGUAGUAUCAGGAUCAUCUAUUGUUACUGAAGUGAUCUCCUUCUACAGCACCACCAAUUCCGCUGGUGACGAAGUUCUGGUUUCUACCACUUACACCCUAGGUCCUCUAUCUGAUCCAGCUGCUUCCACAACCGAAGUAGUAUCAGGAUCAUCUACUGCUACCGAAGUCGUAUCCUUCUACAGCACCACCAAUUCCGCUGGUGACGAAGUGGUGGCUUCUACCACCUACACCCUAGGUCCUCUAUCAGUUCCAGCUGCUUCCACAACCGAAGUAGUAUCAGGAUCAUCUACUGUUACCGAAGUCGUAUCCUUCUACAGCACCACCAAUUCCGCUGGUGACGAAGUUCUGGCUUCUACCACCUACACCCUAGGACCUCUAUCUGUUCCAGUUGCUUCCACAACCGAAGUAGUAUCAGGAUCAUCUAUUGUUACUGAAGUCGUAUCCUUCUACAGCACCACCAAUUCCGCUGGUGACGAAGUUCUGGUUUCUACCACCUACACCCCAGUACCUCUAUCAGUUCCAGCUGCUUCCACAACCGAAGUAGUAUCAGGAUCAUCUACUGCUACUGAAGUGAUCUCCUUCUACAGCACCACCAAUUCCGCUGGUGACGAAGUUCUGGCUUCUACCACCUACACCCUAGGACCUCUAUCUGAUCCAGCUGCUUCCACAACCGAAAUAGUAUCAGGAUCAUCUACUGUUACCGAAGUGAUCUCCUUCUACAGCACCACCAAUUCCGCCGGUGACGAAGUGGUGGCUUCUACCACCUACACCCUAGGACCGCUAUUUGUUCCAGCUGCUUCCACAACCGAAGUAGUAUCAGGAUCAUCUACUGUUACUGAAGUGAUCUCCUUCUACAGCACCACCAAUCCCGCUGGUGACGAAGUUCUGGUUUCUACCACUUACACCCUAGGUCCUCUAUCUGAUCCAGCUGCUUCCACAACCGAAGUAGUAUCAGGAUCAUCUACUGCUACCGAAGUCGUAUCCUUCUACAGCACCACCAAUUCCGCUGGUGACGAAGUGGUGGCUUCUACCACCUACACCCUAGGUCCUCUAUCAGUUCCAGCUGCUUCCACAACCGAAGUAGUAUCAGGAUCAUCUACUGUUACCGAAGUCGUAUCCUUCUACAGCACCACCAAUUCCGCUGGUGACGAAGUUCUGGCUUCUACCACCUACACCCUAGGACCUCUAUCUGUUCCAGUUGCUUCCACAACCGAAGUAGUAUCAGGAUCAUCUAUUGUUACCGAAGUCGUAUCCUUCUACAGCACCACCAAUUCCGCUGGUGACGAAGUGGUGGCUUCUACCACCUACACCCUAGGUCCUCUAUCAGUUCCAGCUGCUUCCACAACCGAAGUAGUAUCAGGAUCAUCUACUGUUACCGAAGUCGUAUCCUUCUACAGCACCACCAAUUCCGCUGGUGACGAAGUGGUGGCUUCUACCACCUACACCCUAGGUCCUCUAUCUGAUCCAGCUGCUUCCACAACCGAAGUAGUAUCAGGAUCAUCUACUGCUACCGAAGUCGUAUCCUUCUACAGCACCACCAAUUCCGCUGGUGACGAAGUUGUGGUUUCUACCACUUACACCCAAGGUCCUCUAUCAGUUCCAGCUGCUUCCACAACCGAAGUAGUAUCAGGAUCAUCUACUGCUACCGAAGUCGUAUCCUUCUACAGCACCACCAAUUCCGCUGGUGACGAAGUUGUGGUUUCUACCACUUACACCCUAGGUUCUCUAUCAGUUCCAGCUGUUUACACAACCGAAGUAGUAUCAGGAUCAUCUACUGCUACCGAAGUCGUAUCCUUCUACAGCACCACCAAUUCCGCUGGUGACGAAGUUGUGGUUUCUACCACCUACACCCUAGGUUCUCUAUCAGUUCCAGCUGUUUACACAACCGAAGUAGUAUCAGGAUCAUCUACUGCUACCGAAGUCGUAUCCUUCUACAGCACCACCAAUUCCUCUGGUGACGAAGUGGUGGCUUCUACCACCUACACCCUAGGUCCUCUAUCUGAUCCAGCUGUUUACACAACCGAAGUAGUAUCAGGAUCAUCUACUGCUACAGAAGUUGUAUCGUUUUAUAAUACCUUCUAUGAAUCCCAGGUCCAGAGAGUUUCAUUGUAUGAUCCUGCAGUAGGAUAUUUUAAUGUGUCUUCCGUUGUUGUUUUAAGUAAAAGUUUAGAUUUUGUUAUUAGUAGUAACAGUGGAAUUCGUAGCGCACCUGUUGAAAGUUGUGUAUCAAGUACUGUUAUUAUUUUGAGACAUUAUUCAGUGAAUGCUGAUGGUACUGCCACCAUACUGAGUAAAUCUUCCAGCGGAGAGACAGACUCUGUAUUUACAAAUCAUAAAUCUUCAAAUGCCAAUCCAAUAUCCAGUAAUUUAAUAUGCACUUCUUGCGAUGUGACAUCUUCAACUAAUGUUGAAUCAGUACAUAAAUCCACUGAUAUAAUUGGAUCGAUUCCAGAGAAUUUGUCAAACGUUAGAACCUCAUUUAUGAGCUCUCCUAUUGCUAGGGAGACUCCUACAGCAACAGAAAAUAAUAGUUCGGACAAAACAGUCAAUGAUGUUACUAUACUAAUUAUUUCUAGCCAUAAAAUUGUUAUAACCCCAUCAAUUCCAUCAUCUACUGCUGCUAGUGAGACUACUAACCUAACGGACAAUACUGCUACUCACAUUACUCCCAACGACCCAGCAGACAACAUUUCUACUCACAUUACUUCAACCGACCCAGCAGAUAAUACUACAAGUACAACCUCAUCAGUUCCACCAGCUUCUGUUGCUAGUGAGACUACUAACCCAACAGACAACACUUCUACUCACAUCACUUCAACCGACUCUGCACGUCACACAACUGUUAUAACCUCAUCAGUUCCACCAUCUUCUGCUGCUAGUGAGACUACUAACCUAACAGACAAUACUGCUACUCACAUUACUUCAAACGACCCAACAGACAACAUUUUUACUCACAUUACUUCAACCGACCCAGCAGAUAAUACUACAAGUACAACCUCAUCAGUUCCACCAGCUUCUGUUGCUAGUGAGACUACUAACCCAACAGACAAUACUGCUACUCACAUUACUUCAACCGACAAAGCAGAUAAUACUACAAGUACGACCUCAUCAGUUCCAAAUUCUAAUACACAAAGUGUAACUACAUUAGUUCCAUCAGGUAGCUCUAUGACGGCCGUAUCUUCAGAUUUGAAUAUUUUUGUCACUGAUGAUGUCACAUCUUCUGGAUAUAACCCAUCUGCUACUGUAGGUAUUUCUUCUACUUAUGAAGGUGCAGGUUUAUCACGUAAGAUAAGCAAUUCCUUAUCCGGUUUGAUUGGUAUGAUUGUUUUGGCAAUUUUGGUUUAG